UGGCAACAUGAAUAAUUUGUCUUUGCCUUGUUGGCAAUAUGUAUUUAAAAAAGUAAAAAUAAAAACACACGACAAGUUGUACCUAGCGGCGCGAGUCUCAUUUUUCCCUCUCACUCGAAUAUAAAUCAGCAAAUAGCAGUAAUACUGUUUUCUUCAUGGUCCAUCUGGCCUACAGUGAGAAAGUGAAAGAUCCUGCAAUAAAGUUUGUUCAAAAACUGCUGCUCCGUGUUAGUCAAAAGACUACAUCAACCACGGCGAGGACAAAAUUUUGUCAUGGCGGCAAGCAAACUCAGGUGGCUCAAGGCGUGAGAUUGCAUCCAGAAUUAUCCCGGAGGCUGUGCAUCUGGUCUGGGUGUAGUACAAUUUCUACACAUCGUGUCAUCAUCAAUUCCUGUUUACCUACACAUCGUGUCAAUAAAAUCGUCAAUAACCAUCGUUUUGGCGGUAAGGUAAACCGGCAAAUCCGCGGGAAACCCAAAAUCGGACUGCGCAUGCGUGAGUUUUUUCUUAAAAAAAAAAAAACUUUGCAUCUCUAUAGGCGAAUUCCGAGUUUCUCGACGUGACAUUGGCAGAAGUGUCAUUAAAAAAAAGCAAAGUGAAGUUUUGUUUCAAAGUUUUACCGGCAUUAUUUCUGUGUUUUUUCUGUUUCCAUUACUUGAUUACUAUUGUAAAUCUCGACAAAUUCGCUAAAUAAUGGAAGAUACCGACCGAAAAAGUGCUAUAGCGAGGCGUGCCUAUUAUAAGGGCGCCAUAACAAAACAAAAGGCCAAGCUGCAACGAGAAAAUCUCGACUUGGCAAGUGCUGAAAUGCUAAAACUCAAGGAGGCCAAGCUAGUAAAGAUAUAUGGUGAGUACGAGGAACUCUGUAUUCAGCUUGAUGAGGACGAGGACGAUGCGACUGAGGAAGCAUAUUUGGAAUGCAUGGAGAGGGUACGCAUUGCAAUGAAUCGCUUGAAUAAGCCUCAGUCGGGAAGUUCGUGUUCCAGUUCCAAAGUGAAGCUCCCAGAUGUUAGUUUGCCUAUAUUCGACGGAAAUUACUUAGAAUACGGUCCCUUCAAAGAAAUGUUUGAUGCCAUGAUAGACAGUGAUCCCGACAUUCAGGAUAUUCAGAAACUCUUCUACUUGCGAAGUUAUUUGCGUGGAGAGGCUCUCGAUUUGAUAAAGAAUAUGCCUGUAGUUGGGUCUAGCUACAAAGAAAGUCUGAAUAUCCUGGAUGACAGAUAUAACAAUAAGUCCAAGAUUGUAUUUCAACACAUUUCACAGUUGUUAGAUAUUAAGCCUAUCUCUAAGCCAAAUGUACAAUGUUUAAGAACUUUGAUAAGUGAGGCAAAGCAGCAUGUUGCAGCUCUAAAGAACUUAGGACAACCUGUUGAACAUUGGGAUGCUUUCCUAGUUUGCAUUUUAAGUAGGAAGCUUGAUCAAUUAAAUAGUAGGGCAUUUUAUCUUGAACAAAGCUCACCUUCUGUUCCUACUUACACUAAUUUUAUAAAAUUUCUUGAAGCACGGGCACUUGCACUGGAGUCCAGCAAUGUUCGUGACAAUACAGUUAAGGACAGAGAGGUCAACAUGAGAGCUGGUUCUACUCUACAAGUGAGUCAAGCCAAAACAACCCACGUAGCUGUCGAUGCAUCAUGCAACUUCUGCGACCCUGCUGCCGCAGUCUGAAGAGCUCACCCGCCACCACCGCGAUGCUGCACAACCGCGCCUAGUUCAUACUCAGUUUGGGUACAUUCUGGCAGGUAACCUUCCUGAAUUUUCACAUGGGAAUUCUGCUGUUUCUCUAUUCUGUAGGGACUGUAAGACUGAUCUUAACAGCACAAUGAAGCAAUUUUGGCAAAGCGAGAGUGUGCCUCAGGAGUUCACAGAACAUGAGUCUGAGAAAGUACAGUGCGAGGAGCAUUUUCAAAAAACUGUAAAGUUAGAAAACAAGCAAUUUGAGGUUUCAAUACCAUUAAAGGUGCCUAUCUAUGAUAUAAAUAAUUAUAUAGGUGACUCUCUUAGUCUCGCUUUAAAAAGAUUUUUGAAUCUCGAGAAAAAACUUCAUAAUGACCCGUCAUUAUUCAAAGAAUACAAAAGUUUCAUUGACGAGUACAUUGACUUAGGCCAUGCGAGUAGUGUAGACAUCAGUCAGUAUGACCUAAACAAAGAUCCUAUAUACUUCAUUCCACAUCACGCCGUACUAAAACCUGACGCAGUAAGCACGAAACUUCGUGUCGUCAUGGACGCUGGUAUGAAGGGAUCCAACAAAAUGUCACUGAAUGACCUAUUGCUAACUGGUCCAGUAAUACAAGCUGAUAUGUUUGACAUCUUACACACAUCGCACAAGUGGUGUGCUAAUAAUAGUGCAAUUUUAAGUGACAUACCCACCGAGAAACAGCAGCAUUCCGAUGAACUUGAAUUUCAGAAGGAGAUCAAAACGCUAGGGCUAAAGUUCAAUGUAAAUACAGAUUCCUUUCAAUUUGCUCCUAUGCUUGAGCAGCCUGCUACUACAAAGAGGCAAAUAUUAAGCUUUAUAAGCCAGUUUUUUGACCUGCUUGGUCUGGCUGGUCCUUUAUUUGUGCAGGCAAAGGAAAUCAUGCAGUCGCUUUGGACCUCUAAGGUAGGUUGGGACUCUGCACCCCCACCAGAAAUAUUAACUAAGUGGCAGGAAUUUUAUAGUAGUCUAACCAGAAUGCAGCCGCUUACAAUUAAACGCAAUGUGUGCUUAGAUAACCAAACAAAUGCUGAGCUAGUCGGCUUUUCCGACUCUUCUGCUAAGGCCUAUGGCUGUGCUAUAUACUUGAGAGCAACAGAUAAAAAUGGUAAGAUAUCAAUGUCACUGAUUAGUUCUAAGCCUAGAAUAACUCCACUAAACAGUAAUCUGUCAAUGCCUAGACUUGAGCUAAACGCGGCCCUUUUGUUGGCUAAAACUAUGGCUAGGGUGUAUGAUUCAUUAAAAGAUGAGUUACAGAUUCAAAAUGUGUAUAUUCAUAGUGAUUCACAAGUAGUGUUAGCUUGGCUCAAAACUAACCCAAUCAAGCUGAAUGCUUACGUUGCUAACCGCAUUAAGUUAAUGCAACAAUUAACAAACAAUUAUCUAUGGUCUUAUAUUAAAACAGACCAAAAUCCAGCUGAUUGCCUGAGCAGAGGUGUCAGCCCAUGCGAUUUGAUGCAACAUCCACUAUGGUUUAACGGUCCCAAGUUUAUGUUAGAUCCUGAUUAUAAAUUUACCGAGUUUAACUAUGAGGCGGUUAAGUGUAAUUUACCAGAAGUUAAGGUAGUGUCAGGUGAGUUGAACGAAGGUGGUCCGGUCUGUGCAGCAUCGCUGAAGGUAAACAAUGUUGUAGGGAAUAUCAUUACAAAAUAUUCUUCUAUAAGUAAGGCUCAACGAGUACUUGCCUAUGUGCAACGCUUUAUAAGCAAUCUAAAGAAAACAAGGUCUGAACAAAUAAAAUGUAACUAUUUAACAUAUUCAGAGUUGAAUCAAGCUUUGCUUCUUAUAAUAAAGCAUGAGCAAAUGAAAUACUUUUCAAGUGACAUUAAAAGGUUACAAGAAGGAAAGCAAACUGAGUCAUCAUUGAAAGGUUUAAAUCCAUUUUUGGAUGCAGACGGCUUGUUAAGAGUCGGUGGUAGGCUGCAACAUUCUGCUUUGCCUUAUGCCCAAAAACAUCAGAUUAUCUUACCUAAUGAUUCAUAUGUAACACAGUUGAUAGUUAGAAAUGAGCAUGUAAAAUUAUUACCAUAAAAAUGCCAUAAAACGUAUAUUACAAGGAUUUGUAUUGUACCUAUACAUUUAGACUAAGUUAUUUGUUUAAAGUAAGCACAAUCUUUUGUAAAUAUUAUAUUUUAUGCUUACACAUUACACAUCUAUCUUGUGAAUUUAGAUUUAAGUUGUGUACUUAUGCCAAUUAUUUCAGAUUUGUUUCAGAAAACUUACCUAUGUAUAAUGUUGGAGUAUAUAUAGGUACUUACUUUAAAGGCAUAUGGUUCCUAAAUAACCAACAUAAUAAGUUAUUUUUUCUACUACCUAUGUUAAGUUGUGUAUGCCUACUAUUUCAGAUAGUUUUUGAUAAAACUUAUCUAAUCAUUCAUUUAUAAUGUUAGAAUUUUGCAUAUGUACUUACCUUAAAAGCAUAAAAAGUUAUUUUUUGUAUACUCUCUAUCUAUGUAAAUAAAUUUACAUCUUAAGUAAAGGUACAAUACUCUACCAUACAUAACUAUAGUUUGAAAUAAGUAAUUACAAAAUGCCAAUUUGUUCUAUUUAAUGUUUUCAUUAGCCAUUAUACUUACAUACUUACCUACCUAUGUUUUAUAAAAUUUACAGUCCACUCACUUUGUCGUUGGGAGUAUGUUGGCAACAUGAAUAAUUUGUCUUUGCCUUGUUGGCAAUAUGUAUUUAAAAAAGUAAAAAUAAAAACACACGACAAGUUGUACCUAG